UGUUCUUCUCUCUUUAGCUUAGCUUCUUGAGAUCGACAAGCAGAUCCACCCCACCCAGAAAAUAAAAAAAGUUACUGAAUUCACCACAAACUGAUCAUCCUCUCCCUCUCGCGCAAACCCUUUGCUUGGAUUAUUAACCCUUGUCUCUAUUUUUUUUUUUUUUCCUCUUCUGUGGUAGAUUCGUCUUCCUUUCUGUUUUGCCCUCCAUUGCGUUUUCCGUUCAGCUGCCACACAGAGAGAGAGAGAGAGAGAGAGAGAGAGAGAGAGAGAGAGAGAGAGAGAGAGGAUCCUAUGCUGGGAGAGACGCCAGGCGUGCCGGGAGCCUCCGGCGAUGUGGCGGCAGCCGCGGCGGCCGAGGUCAGCAGCUUCGCGCCGAAUUCGGGCGAGGAAGACGGAGGGAGCAGGAGGAGGGAGAAGGGCGGCGGGAACAGGUGGCCGAGGCAAGAGACGUUGGCGCUCUUGAAAGUGAGGUCGGACAUGGACGUGGCCUUCCGGGACUCGAGUGCAAAGGGUCCACUUUGGGAGGACGUCUCCAGGAAGCUGAGCGAGCUUGGGUAUCAUCGAAGUGCCAAGAAAUGCAAGGAGAAGUUCGAGAACGUGUACAAGUACCACAAGCGCACCAAGGACGGUCGGACCGGCAAGCACGAGGGCAAGACCUACCGUUUCUUUGAUCAAUUGGAGGCCUUCGAGAACCACACCCUCCUCCAGUCACCGCAACCACCGAAGCCUCCAGCUCCGGCAGCAGCGCAGCCACCGGCAAUGCAGGCGGUGGUCCGACCUCAGAUCAUCCCCAACGUCCCUACCGCCGCAGUUCCGUCAUCCACAACCCACACGGACAACAACCACAGCAACAACAUUGGUGUUAUCCCACAGAAUAACUUGGCCUCUUGCUCCACUGUCCCACACUUCACGAUGCCUUCCUUGCCACCACCAUCAAACCCUACCGUCGUCAUUCCUCCGCCUCCGCCUAACUCUGGUUUCCCAGGGGCCGGCCUGCACGGAGAGCCCGCCUCCAAUUCGACCUCGUCAUCGACGUUCUCAGAUGAGGGGCUGCCACGAGGAGGAGGAGGUCCAAACAAGAGGAAGAGAAGGUGGAGGGAAUUCUUCGAGAGGGUGACCAAGGAUGUGCUGGACAAGCAAGAGGAGUUGCAUCGCAACUUCCUGGAGACGAUGGAGAAGCGAGAACGCGAGAGGGCUGCACGGGACGAGGCAUGGUGGAUGCACGAGAAGGCUAGGAUCACCCGUGAGCACGAGAUCCUGGCCCAAGAGAGGUUGGCCACCGAAGCCAAAGAUGCGGCGGUCAUGUCUUUCCUGCAGAAGAUAGCGGAACAGCAAAGCCGCAGGUCAUCGCCGCCCCAGAAUAAUAACCCGCUGCCCCAACAGCUAGUGGCAGUGCCAAUCCCGGCUGCACCAAAACCAUCCGCACCGCAGCAGCCCCCGCUGGCGGCGGCCCUGCCAUCUCAGAUAAGGAGCAUCGAAGUCCCAAACGCCGACAACGGGGUGCAUUUUGCAACCACAGGAGGAGGCCGGGUGGCGAGCUCUUCUCGGUGGCCGAAAGUGGAGGUCGAGGCACUGAUAAGGCUGAGAACGAAUCUGGAGGUGAAGUACCAGGAGAACGGGCCGAAGGGGCCGCUGUGGGAGGACAUAUCGACGGCAAUGAGGAGGAUCGGGUACGAGCGGAGCGCGAAGCGGUGCAAGGAGAAGUGGGAGAACAUAAACAAGUACUUCAAGAAGGUGAAGGAAUCCAACAAGAAGCGCCGUGACGACUCCAAGACGUGCCCCUACUUCGAGCAGCUCGACGAGAUAUACAGAGAGAAGACCAGCAAAAGCCGCGACCCCAGCUCUUCAACUUUGUUCCCGUGCACUACUCAGUUCAGUCCGGUGAUAAAUCCGACGGCCCCGCUGAUGGUGGCCCCAGAACAGCAGUGGCCGCCUCCUCCUCCUCCGCUGCAGCAGCAGCAGCAACAGCAACAGCAAGAGAUGGAUGAGAUGGAGGGGGACCGCAUCGGCGAAAACCAAGAAGACGAGGACGAUGACGAGGACGAGGACGACCGCAGCAUUGAUCGGGAGGAGGGCGAGGAUGAAGACGGAGACGAAGAUGGGCGCGAGUUCGAGAUCGUGCCGAGCAAACCAUCUUCAGUGGGCGCAGCCGAGUGAGACUUGGAUCACUUCCUUGGUCCAGUUAAGUAUUUGCGGAGCGUACGCACAUCGGUCCUCCUCACCGUUUAUGCGGGUCAGGUUGCGAGAGUCCGUCGGAUUGAUAAACGGGUCGGGUUCCGUCGGGUCGACGUGGGUGGAAUCGGGAGUGCAGAGAGAGAAAUGGGCUUGUAGAAUUCAAAGGUGAGCGGACUUUAUGUUCAUUUCUAAUUUAUCAACAAAUUUUUAUUUUCUUUUGGGGUUGAGAAAUAAAAAUUUUCACAUUGGGGAUAGAGAUACAUGUAGAACAGAAUAAGAUUUUCAUUUCUGGUGUAAAUGAUGUGGUUAAUAGAAAAUUUGGGUCUGCUGUU